AGCCAUUCUGGCCAAAGAUCUUGUGGCUCUCGGCCUCGCUGGCCGUGGGCCUCGCCUUCAAGUGCGCGCCCGCGCUCCGCCCGAUGAGCUGGCACUGGCGCCCCAAGGACAGUGGCAGGCGUGCGUCAUACAGCUCCCCCCGUGUCGCUGAUUCAGGCAGCAGCUGGAGGUGGGACGAGCACAUCAUAUUGCAUGCCCGCUCCGUGCGUGUGGCUCUCUGUGACGCGGGCAUCUGCGACGCGGACCUGGAGCCGUUGACGGCACGCCUGGACGCCUUGCUGACCGACUAUUACACUGACGCUGACACUACAGCAGAUCCUAAUACCGAUUUUACCAUCGACCUAUCAAGAAACUGUGGAAUUUCAGAUUACGGCGUCGAUGUGUUCCUUGUGCCUUUCCUGAAGAAGUGGCCUUUCUGCCGCCGCCUCAAGCUCUACCAGACGUCCAUUGGCGACAAGGCGCUCUACUCGCUCAGCAGCUGGGUCGCCGACGGCCACGCCCACGAGCUGCACCUCUCGGACCUGCGCGGCGCCGUGUCCGGCGAGGGCGUGCUGGCGCUCCUCCGCGCGAUCCACUCAAGAGGCCGGUACCCUUACAGGAUGGGUGCCCGGGGCCGCGCUCCACUGUGGCUGCGGCUGGAGCACAACGGCAUCGACGGCCCGGGCAAGCUGGCGCUCAGGGCGGCCGCUGAGGGCCUGCAGCUUCGGGUGCUCACCAGGGGCGACAUGGCGACCACCAGGCCGGGCAGCUGCAGCACCGCGGGAGUCGCGGUGAACAUGGUGCUCUUCACCGAGCAGGGCCAGAAGGCGCUCCAGAAAGACAGCAGGGUUGUAGAGGGCCAGCAGCUCCUCACACUGCUUCACCAGGAUGGGCCUCCCGGCGUGAUCGCCUCUCGUCCAGAACCCAAGCCCCUCAGCAUGGACGAGUUCCAGCUGCAAGCCAUGGAAGCUCGAGAGGACGCAGAAGGUGGGGCCGACCACAUGAACAAGGACACCUUUGGGGAAGAUGCGCCGGCUGGCUGGACGUUCGAGGAGAACCUCGAGGCCAACGAGCGCAUUGCUGCCGGCAGGCUCCACCCCGGCCAGGUGGAGCGGGGGCCCCGCGGCGAAGGCCCGAGCAGCGCCUGGACGGCGCUGGGCGCCUGCGCGCAGACCGCAGGCCGCGGCCCGCCGUGGCCCGUGGGCGCCUGGAGCGAGGAGCCGCUGACCGCCUGCUCGACCUCCUUCGGAGCCGGCUCCGGCGACAGCGCCAGCGUGGCGACGAGCGACGGCAGCGGCCCCGCGCGCAGGCCCAGGGACCCGAGGACGGAGAUCGAGGCGGAGCUGUGCGUCCUCCUCGCGUCGGCCCCGGUGCUCCGCAAGGCGGACUUCGACGGCCUCGUGAGGCAGCACCUCCACGCCAUCCGCACGGUCGACGGUCGCGAAGGGGUGUCCAAGGCGAUAAAGAUAAUUCGCGACGCCGCUGCCGACAAGAAGAGGGCAGAUGUAGAGCGGUGGUCGGCAUACAUCAGCGUCCUCCUGAAGCGGCACGUCCGGGAGCUCAGGCAUAGCAGCUCAUUGAUCAAGACUUCGGGCCCGCAUCCCAGCACGGCGUACCAGUAGCCCGGCUGCGGGGAGCUCCGUUCACGCUGCGCCCAGCAGAUCGAGCCCGGCUCUGCUCCCAGCAGAUCGAGCACAGCACCGAUGGCGAUGGACAUCGCUGUGCCCGGACCACCCAUCAUCUCCAUCGCCCGCAAUUCGCUCUGACAAGCGGUGGGAAAACGGAGUGCAGGCCUCGCUGCACGCGAGCUUGCCGCCGCCACCGCCGCCCUCCCACUUUUAUGUAGCCGAAUCUUGUGCUCCGACGUGCGCAGAGCCGAAUCGGGAUCCUGGAGGCCUCGGGGCCCCUGUAGGGCUUACGGUUCCCCUUGCUGCCCAUUGUCCCUGGUCCCUGCUCUUGCGUUGUUCCCCUCUCCAUUUCCUGCACCCCUCCUCUCUCCCAUCUCCACACGUUCGCCCUUCAAGUACCAGAUCCUAGGCACGCGUGGAGUGCCGCUCGCGGUUUACCUCGCGGGAAGGUUAUGUGAGUCCGCCAGGUGUUGCCGAUCGUGUACAAAUCUUGCAGGUCGCAUGCUGCGAAGAAGCGUGUGCCCGCACUGUUGUUUCUUGGAGGUCAGUCUGGGGGGCACGCCAAGACGUAGUCACACGUGAACCCUCCCUUUUGAACCCCGCAGAUGUAGCAGAGUCAUUGCGCGGUCGCGCGAAGCGAUGGUCUGCCAUGCAAUCUGUUUGAAGAGCUCUGCUCCUGCGCGGCGGGCGGACUUGCCUCGCACAGCCCUCGGCGGGCGGACAGGCCUGCCAUGUACAGAACUGCGCGGCGGGGUCGGGCAAGUCAGCUCAGCAGACCACACACAAGAUCCAGACCGACCAAUGCGGCUGCCAAUACCUGCCAAGAAGCGAGCCAAGCAGCUCUCCGUUGUCUCAUUAUGUGCGAGAGGUCCAGCACGCGUGCCGCUACAUGCUCAGCCAUUGCGCUGGGGGUGAUGAGCAAA